AUGCCCCCAAAGAAGGACCCCAAGGGAGGCAAGGCUCCCCCAGCCAAGAAGAAGGAGGGAUCUGGAGGCGGAAAGGCCAAGAAGAAGAAGUGGUCGAAGGGAAAGGUCAGGGAUAAGCUCAACAACAUGGUGCUUUUCGACCAGGCCACCUACGACAAGCUCUACAAGGAGGUGAGUAUUUUCUUCCAUUUCGUGAAGACUUUUCGAUUCUACGCCAAAUUGUGUUUGAAACUAAGUUUGCUUUUUCAGGUCAUCACCUACAAGCUCAUCACCCCGUCGGUCGUGUCUGAGCGUCUGAAGGUGCGCGCUUCUUUGGCGAAGGCCGGACUCAAGGAGCUCCAGGCUAAGGGACUCGUCAAGUGCGUCGUCCACCACCACGGACAAGUCGUCUACACCCGCGCCACCAAGGAGGCCGACGUGAUCGUCGAAUAA